GCACUGAUUGGCCGCGGCCCGUCCCGCCGGUUCCGGCUGCGUCAGCGCGCCCGACAUGGCGGCCGGCGGCGCCGACAAGUUCUCGGUGCUGCUGCCAACGUACAACGAGCGGGAGAACCUGCCCCUUGUCGUCUGGCUGCUGGCGCGCACGUUCCAGGAGAGCGGAAACAAUUUUGAAAUUAUCAUCAUAGAUGAUGGAAGCCCGGAUGGGACACAGGAAAUUGCUGAGCAAUUGGAAAAGAUCUACGGAUCAGAUAAAAUACUUCUGAGACCUAGAGCAAGAAAGUUGGGCCUCGGCACUGCUUAUAUUCAUGGAAUGAAGCACGCUACAGGGAAUUUUAUUGUUAUUAUGGACGCUGACCUCUCUCACCAUCCAAAAUUUAUUCCAGAGUUUAUCAGAAAGCAGAAAGAAGGCAAUUUUGAUAUUGUAUCUGGAACAAGAUAUAAAGGAAAUGGAGGAGUAUAUGGCUGGGAUUUGAAAAGAAAAUUAAUCAGUCGUGGGGCCAAUUUUCUAACUCAGGUUUUGCUGAGACCAGGUGCAUCAGACUUAACAGGGAGUUUCAGGUUGUACAGAAAAGAAGUCUUGCAGAAACUAAUGGAAAAAUGCGUUUCUAAAGGAUACGUCUUCCAGAUGGAGAUGAUUGUUCGGGCUAGACAGUUAGGAUACACUAUUGGAGAGUGCUGCGCUGGGUGCCACCAUCAUGGCUGGAAAUGCUGUUUCCAGAUGGAAAUUCCUUGAUAUUGUUGAUUUCUAAGUGGUUGGAGGACCCUCUGUCUUCAUCUGGUCUGGCUGCCACCCAAGAAACUACAGCAAGAUAAAAACUACUCUGAUACUUACGCUCACACCCAGAAUUCAGGACACAGAAGGAUGUCUGAAAGCCUGUUCAGUUCUCCUGCCUGGAUUCCAACUAUUUCUGCUUGGUCUGCCGUAUCCUUUGCACAUAUUUUCAUGUUGUGUUCAUUCCCUUAAGUAUCUAUCGAAUAUUAUUUCUGUUUCCAGUUGCAUUAUCCUGUUGCCUUAAACUCAGUUCCUCUAACCUUCAAUCACUUCUCACUACAUUUUCUCAAAUUGAACGCUUAGGUUACAAGGUCUAUGGGUCGGUGAUUUGUUUAUCCAGUGCUGCUGUAUUUUUACACAUUUUUUCCUGUGUUUUCUUAGAAAUUUAUUUUCUAUGUGUAAUAAAUCCAUGCAAGAGCCCUAAAGUAUGGUGGUGACAUAAGUAAGCAGUGAUAUGGGACAAUCCUCCCCAACCUUGCCCAGGUGUAACUGAAUGACACAAGAAUGUCUUGAGCUGCAAUCUAAAUCAGUGUGCCAGUGGUAAAAAAUGACUGAAAAAAGCCUGGAAAAUAGGCAGGUCCUAAACCUUGUUUGGGGUUCUGUAUUUUAGCCGAUAACAAUGCAACCAGCUUAAGCGGCCAUGAAGUUAGCUGACAGCUUCUGAAUAUGGCACUGACUCAACAACAUCUCAGAAAUGUUUCACAACACACUUUCUUAAUUGCACAUCAGAAAAAACACCCCAUCUACUCUUGGAAGGCAAACUGAAGUUAUUAUAGACAAACCAAAGCAGCUUUCUCUGCUCUUCUUUGUUGAGACAUAAUUCACAGAUCCCAGAAUGUGAGAGGUUGAAGGGACCUGGAAAGCUCAUCCAGUGCAAUCCCCCCAUGGAGCAGGAACACCCAGAUGAGGUUACACAGGAAGGUGUCCAGGCGGGUUGGAAUGUCUGCACAGAAGGAGACUCCACAACCUCCCUGGGCAGCCUGGGCCAGGCUCUGCCACCCUCACCGGGAACAAGUUUCUUCUCAGAUUUCAGUGGAACCUCCUGUGUUCCUGUUUGAACCCAUUACCCCUUGUCCUGUCACUGGUUGUCACCAGAAGAGCCUGGCUCCAUCCUCCUGACACAUACGUAUAAACACAUAUGUAUAUCACAGAGAAACUUUUAAGUACCUCAGUUCUAGAAACCCUUUAAGUGCUAAAGCACAAGCUUUGUUUUUGCAGGUAAAUUUUGUGUAUUUCCAUUCCGUUGUAAAAGACUUACUGGUUCUUACGACCACUAAUGUGAAGAUAACAUGAAAUACCUGGUGAAAUAAAGGUGUGAUUUGCAGACAGUGACAAAUAACGUGCUCUGCUGAACUAGAAAGUCUUCAAGCAAGCUGGCAAAUACAAUAAAAUGUCACUAUAUUCUUCAUAAAAGCUGUUUAUGUGAAUUCUGCUAAACACAGUAGUGUACACAUUUUCAGGCGAUUGGCCUCUUGAAAAUGUAGGAGAUCCUUGAGUUUUAUGGAGUCCAAGUAAUUUAUGACAACUUUGCUAAGCUUUCGUACUUCAGGCAACAAUUUGAAAACACAGACUUUUCUUUCUAGCAUUGUAAGGCUUAACUAUAAUAGGCAUCACUCCGAACCAGAAAGGUUUUGAAUGCCAAGGAUGGAAGGAUCUUAUGCUUCGCUUCAUCCUUCAAGUGUUUGUGUAUUUUCGAAGUAACAAAAGCCGUUAUUCUCUUUC